CACAACUGCAACGGUAUUAGUCUCGCGACAUGCGGUGAUACACAAGACAGAAACAGAGAGAGCUGACUAUCAAAAGAAAGGAGCACAUUGCAUCAGAAGUUCAACGCAGGAAGGAAAACGCCUCGCAUUGACCUGCACAUCACACCCCACAUACACACCUGACUUAUCUUCUUCAGGCGAACAUCAGACGAGCAACCUCGAGCAACCUCACAAAAAAAAGGAAAACGACUGCCACGGUGCCGAACGAGUCAGUGUUAGGGUGUCCCCGUUACACAGGCUGAGUCGCAUGACUGCAUGCACCCUUUUCCCGUCGCCAUAGCUCAUCCCGCUCUCCCACUGCCCUCCUCCUCUCUCCCAUUCCUCUCCGAAAUCCCCUUCACCUCCGGAGAGAUGCCUGCUGCAUGGCCCUCCCUCUCCACCAACGUGCGUGCGCCACCUAUGGCGCUGCUGGCCACGCCCCGCCCACUGUCUGAACACAUACACACACGAGAGAGGAAGAUGCGCUGCACAUAGUGACGGCUAAGCCGUGCGCGUGCCCUCUUACCAUUCGGUGUUUGUGUGCCUGAACCACUCAGAGGCCCCGAUGGCUCCCAGGAGCCGACGGCCGGCAAAACUGAGUGCGCCCACACAGAAGGCAAGAACCCGACACGAAAGGUGUCGGUGAGCCAUUCUCUAUACAAAGCAUCCAUGCCCGAGGGCGUAUGCACACGAGAUCUAUCUGAUCUGACGGCGCAGCCGUGCGCAUUGGGCAGAUCUCUAUCUGUUUGUGCAUGGAUGCGGACAGUGAGUGGUCGGUCACCAUCCCCGUGAUGCGUACCUAUGGGCGCUGCGGUGGUUUCGCUGCUGCCUCCACUCCUGCCAUCUUUGGGCCCCUCGUCGCCCAUGCACAGGCUGGAGGGGCGAGGCUGUGUCGGUAGCUGAGGAUGCAUAUCAGUAGGCUAGAAUUCAGUCAGCUGAAGAUGUAUAAUAGCUCGGCUAGGCAGGAUCUGUUGUAAGAUGGGCGUCAAGACGAGCUCUGACGACGCCUGGCCGCCGAGCGUCUCGCCCGGCCAAGUUUCGCCCCCCAGCCGCCCAUUUGCGCAUGGCUAGCAUUGCAUGCGUCCAGAUCGCUUCUUUUGUCUCAUUGUCUCAUCUUGCAUCGUCUUCGUGGUUUUGGAGUGCUUUCGACGUUUUCAUCGUUGUGGAAAGACCAUCUCCCUUCGAUUUAACGUUACCGUACGGCAUUGACGUUUUCCGCCUUCCCCCCACAUGGCUUCGAGCCUGCCACUCUGAGCCCUGCCGGGCAGCAAGACGUCCACCCAUUGCCGCAGGUAAGUUGCACGACAGCACCGCAUGAAGGCAGGCGGGCAAGGCCCCUCGGCACGCAUCCCGCGAAGGACUGGGGCUCUG